UCCGCGCAUGCUCAGUGACAGCGCCGCCUCCUCAUUCUCUUUCCUCCGUUGUCUGGACAGCGUCCAUCUCUUCAGCGCCAGCAUCAUCUGCACAGAGAGAACAAAAUGCGUGAGUGUAUCUCCAUCCACGUAGGCCAGGCAGGUGUCCAGAUUGGCAAUGCCUGCUGGGAGCUCUACUGCCUUGAGCAUGGCAUUCAGCCGGACGGACAGAUGCCUAGCGACAAAACCAUUGGUGGAGGUGACGACUCCUUCAACACUUUCUUCAGUGAGACAGGAGCUGGCAAGCACGUCCCCAGGGCAGUGUUUGUGGAUCUGGAGCCCACUGUGAUUGACGAGGUCCGCACCGGCACUUACCGCCAGCUGUUCCACCCUGAGCAGCUCAUCACUGGAAAGGAAGAUGCUGCCAACAACUACGCUCGAGGUCAUUACACCAUCGGCAAGGAGAUCAUCGACCUGGUGCUUGACAGGAUCCGCAAACUAGCUGACCAGUGCACCGGUCUCCAAGGCUUCCUGGUCUUCCACAGCUUUGGAGGUGGAACUGGCUCUGGUUUCACCUCCUUGCUGAUGGAGCGUCUCUCUGUUGACUACGGCAAGAAGUCUAAGCUUGAGUUCUCCAUCUACCCAGCUCCACAGGUGUCCACCGCUGUGGUGGAGCCCUACAACUCCAUCCUGACCACCCACACCACACUGGAGCACUCAGAUUGUGCUUUCAUGGUCGAUAAUGAGGCCAUCUAUGACAUCUGCCGUAGGAACCUCGAUAUUGAGCGUCCUACCUACACCAACCUUAACAGGCUGAUUGGUCAGAUUGUGUCCUCCAUCACAGCCUCCCUCCGAUUCGAUGGUGCCCUGAACGUUGAUCUGACUGAGUUCCAGACCAACUUGGUGCCCUACCCUCGUAUCCACUUCCCUCUGGCCACAUACGCCCCAGUGAUUUCUGCUGAGAAAGCUUACCACGAGCAGCUGUCAGUGGCCGAGAUCACCAACGCUUGCUUUGAGCCAGCAAAUCAGAUGGUCAAAUGUGACCCACGUCAUGGCAAGUACAUGGCUUGCUGCUUAUUGUACCGUGGUGACGUUGUACCUAAAGACGUCAACGCUGCCAUCGCCACCAUUAAGACCAAGCGCACCAUCCAGUUUGUGGACUGGUGCCCAACUGGUUUCAAGGUUGGUAUCAACUACCAGCCUCCCACUGUGGUGCCUGGUGGUGACCUAGCCAAGGUCCAGAGAGCCGUCUGCAUGCUUAGCAACACCACAGCCAUUGCUGAGGCUUGGGCUAGGCUUGACCACAAGUUUGACCUGAUGUAUGCCAAGCGUGCCUUUGUGCAUUGGUAUGUAGGAGAGGGUAUGGAGGAGGGAGAGUUCUCAGAGGCCAGAGAGGACAUGGCUGCUCUGGAGAAGGAUUACGAGGAAGUUGGUGUUGACUCCAUUGAGGGAGAGUUCUCAGAGGCCAGAGAGGACAUGGCUGCUCUGGAGAAGGAUUACGAGGAGGUUGGUGCAGAUAGCUUGGAGGGAGAUGAUGAAGGAGAAGAAUACUAAGUGUACACCUGAUUGUUGAGUGAGGUUUUGAGUUCAUUCAUCUUUUACAUGUUCCUUUCUAGAUAUAUGUGUUUGGUGACAUUAAAUCACAUUCAACUAAUUCACACUUUUUUGUUUGUAAUCACUGUUGGAGCAUGAAUUGAAUAAAUUUGGGAGAAACAAA